AUGGAUUGGCGACUCAUAUCCUGCCUGGUAUCCGUAAUUCUCAUAAAUGGCGUGAGCUCGACAAAUGAAACCACUCCGGCGACUACUCCGACAUCUAACGACAUUGUGAAAGAAACUGGAAUCUGCAGAAAAUGUAUUUGCAAAGAAAACAAAGUGGAUUGCUUCGAUCAAAGCAUUACAGAUUUUUUCUCGGUAGAUGAGUGGAACGAUCUGAAAGUGCUAAAGCCAACUACAGUGGACCUAAGCGAAAACCUUAUCGUUAAUGUGACUGCAAUCGGUGACCUUCCCAUUCAAGUGCUCAAUUUGUCGCGAUGCUCUAUCGAGAAUAUAGAGAACGCUAGUUUCAGAGACCUCCAGGAGAUGGUAGUUUUGGACCUUAGUCACAACAAGUUGACUUCUGAUAAACUGAGUCCGCAUGCCUUUGAGGGUCGCUUUUCUCCAGAAGAGUACGAGCCGCUAGCAGCCAUGAGGAAAUUAAACUUGGCUUACAACGACCUGCAUUCUCUCCACCAGGAUCUGUUCGAGCAUUUACCCGAACUGACCGAGUUGGAUUUGAGCGGAAAUCCCCUCACCACCAUUGACCAUGUCACUCUCAUAGCUAUAUCCAGUUUGCCAAUGUUGAAGGUGCUCCGCAUGCGUUCCUGUCAAUUAACGGAGAUACCGGACAAGUUCCUCCACACGCCACGUUAUUUAGAGCGUUUGGACAUCAGCGACAACAAGCUUACUGCCGUCCCCCAAGAGCUCGAGGAGACUAAGAACCUCGUUUACUUAAACCUCAACCAGAACCCCAUCGUCGAGCUGGACAUGUCGUCUGAGGAUUACCCAGGUUUCCCGCGUCUUCGCAAGCUGAGAGAGUUGCACAUGUGCAACAUGAAGUCGUUGCGAAGUAUCGGAGCUGGCGCACUCGCUGGUCUGGAGAACUUAGAGAGUCUGCACCUGAGCUUUAACCCAAAGCUCUCAAAUCUUGACCCUAAAGCUAUGGCCAGACCAGACGACAUUGGAGAAACCUAUGACUGGCCUGCAUUAAAAGAGCUUUAUUUGCAAUCGAAUAACCUGUCAGAACUUGAUACACGAUUCUUGCCACGAUGGGAUCUUCUAGAUGCAAUCGAUGUGUCUAAUAACCCGUUCCUCUGCGACUGUUCUACGCAGUGGAUGGUGGAUAUAUUAGUGCCGAUAAUCGAAGCUAAAACUGCAAACUCUACGGCCAACAUGAUCUGCAAUGAACCAAUCGAAAUGAAAGGUUAUACGAUGAAGCAUUUGCACGACAUCCACCGCACUAUGCGUUGCGUCGACAAAUACGGUCACAGACCAGAGAAAGAUGGAGCCAUGCUACUUGGUACACUUAUCGGAGUACUUCUGGCAGUACCCAUAAUGUUAACUCUGAUGCUGUUGUGGCGACACGGCUACUUCGCAUGGGCCGGUUUCCGUGGUCCAGUCGAUGUUUCCCGCGCUUUCUACAAACGCGCGCCUGCUGAAGAUAUCUAA